AUGGACUUCAAGGACUCCUCAAUAGUCAUCAAGAUUCGUCGCAGGCUACCGGACUUCCUCCAGUCCGUAAAGUUGAAGUACGUUCGGCUCGGCUACCGCUACGCCUCCCUCGCGCCGCUGCCCCUACUCUUGUCCGCCGUCGCCCUCCUCUUGGUGGCGGCGGCGGCGGCGACGAGAUGGUCGGCCCCACUCCUCCACUUCGGGUCAACCCCCCUCCUCCCUGAGAUCAGUCUGGGCCUGCGCUUGGCCGGCAUAGCCGUGUUCAUCCUCCUCCUCACGGUCUACUACUUCAAGCGCCCUCGACCAGUUUACCUGGUCGACUUCGCCUGCUACAAGCCCGACGACGAGCUGAAGAUCACCAAGGACAUGUUCCUCGACAUGACAGAGAGCUCCGGAGGGUUCAGCGAAGAGACCAUCCAGUUUCAGGAGAAGAUCGCUCGGCGAUCGGGGCUCGGCGAAGAGACUUAUCUCCCCCGGGGAAUCAUCUCACGGCCUCCCAAUCUGUCCAUGGAGGAAGCGCGGAUCGAGGCUGAGAACGUCAUGUUCGGCUCCAUCGACGCCCUCCUCAAGAAAACCAAGGUUGACCCGAGAGACAUCGGAAUUCUUGUGGUCAACUGCAGCCUCUUCAAUCCCACCCCGUCUCUGGCCUCCGUGAUCGUCAACCACUACAAGAUGAGGGAGGAUAUCAAGAGCUUCAAUCUCGGCGGCAUGGGAUGCAGCGCAGGUCUCAUCUCCAUCGACCUGGCCCGGAACCUCCUGCAGGCGAACCCCAACUCGCUAGCGCUGGUGGUGAGCAUGGAGAACAUCACGCUCAACUGGUACUUCGGCAACGACCGGUCCAUGCUCCUCCCCAACUGCAUCUUCCGCAUGGGCGGCGCCGCCAGCCUCCUCUCCAACCGCCGUUCCGACAAGAGCCGCUCCAAGUACCGCCUCCUACACACCGUCCGCACCCACAAGGGCAUGGACGACAAGAGCUACAACUGCGUAUACCAGCGGGAAGACAGCUCCGGCCAACUCGGGGUCUCGCUGGCCAGGGAGCUCAUGGCGGUGGCCGGAGAGGCCCUCACCACCAACAUCACAACCCUUGGCCCCCUGGUUCUCCCCCUGGCGGAGCAGGGCAAGUUCCUUAUGACUCUCGUGGCCCGGAAGGUCUUCAAGAUAAAGACCGUGAAGCCCUACGUUCCCGACUUCAAGAAGGCCUUCGAGCACUUCUGCAUCCACGCCGGCGGCCGCGCGGUGCUGGACGAGUUGCAGAAGAACCUCACCCUCAAGGAGUGGCACAUGGAGCCCUCACGGAUGACGCUCCACCGCUUCGGCAACACCUCCAGCAGCUCGCUCUGGUACGAGCUCGCCUACACGGAGGCUAUGGGCCGCGUCUCCCGCAGCGACCGCGUGUGGCAGAUCGCCUUCGGCUCUGGUUUCAAGUGCAACAGCGCCGUGUGGCGCGCGCUCCGCACGCUGUCGCAGGAGGAGAUCGACGGCACCUGCAAUCCCUGGGUGCACUGCCUUGACCGAUACCCCGUCAAAGCCGCCGCCCUCUGA